AUGGUGGAAGAUCGGUUGGAGGCUUGUGACAAGUGGAAUCUAUCGAUCAGUGUGGCAAAGAUCUUGUGGGCCAUGGAUAAGGUAGGCUAUCUGGGACACCGAGUGUCGAUCGGAGGUCUGGAAGCCAACCCAAAAGAUCUGAAAUCCCUGACCGAUUUACCAUUCCCCGGGUCACUCCGCGUUCCUGGCCGGUUCAUUGAAGACUACGCUAUUUACGCCUCGUUGCUAUAUGAACUACGCGAGGUGGAGUUUGCAGAACUGGAGAAACGAUCGGAUCUGAGGAAGAUCAUGGACCAGAACGAUCGGAUUGCACGGGAUCACAGCCCACCGGAACUACAGCUUGUGGAACCAUUAGAUGAGAGGUGUAUCAGGGCGCAUAAAGCCUUCAUCACCCUGAAAACCAAGAUCGCGACGAUCCCAAUUCUCUGCCACUUCGACGAGGCGAGAACGCCGGUAGUUAUUGUAUAUGCCAGUGUGUGGGCGAUAUCCGCUUCGUUGACGCAAGAACCCGACGGGAUCUACCAUCCGGUUGCGUUCGCCAGCCGCACCCUGAAGGCGAACGAGUUGAAUUACAAUGUGACCGAAAAGGAGAUGUUGGCAUUACUGAGGAUCUUGGAUCUCUACCACAAUUUACUAGUGGGAUGUGCGAUCCGGGUCCCAACGAGGCAUUCCACGUUAGCCUGGCUGUUCAGGUCGAUAGUAUUACAGGGUCCCCUAGGGCAGUGGUCAGCUCUCCUAGCCCCGUGGACACUCGAGAUCACGAAGUGUACGAAGGGUGAGGAUGAGAUCCUGGGGACGAUCGCUGCCAGAAUCACGCCGAGGGCGAAGAUGGACGACGCUCUGACCGACAUCGCUCCCCGGAAGGAACCAAAGCGCCGGAUCCAAGCGCCAAUACCCACCGUGGAUCGAGAAGAGAAAUUAUGGGUGGUCAGUUUUGACGGAUCCGCUCGAGUGAAGCGUGGCGGGGGCGCGUUCAGCGCGAUCGUGUGGAGUCACCCCGGAUGGGAGGUGGUCAAAGCUAGAUCGGGCUAUUUCGAGAGCGUCACCGUGAACGAAGCAGAAUACAACGGCCUGAUCCUGGGACUCGACAAGCUAGAGGACAUAGAUCGAAAACGCCUAGCGAUCUGCGCACCUGGGCUGACGCUAUUGAAGCGGAAGGCCCUCGAUUGCCAGAGGAAAUGGAGCGAUCACGAACUAGUGCAUGUGAAGCGAGACUGGAAUGGGAGUGCCGACAGUCUAGCGAGUACCGCUUUGCAACGACAAGGCAGGAUCAAGGUCCAGGGAGGGCCCGAGUAUCUAGACCUGGUCAUCCUAAACCGGUUGGACGAAAUCCUGAUUCCUAAGACCGAGAGCCCAGUGGUCCGAGUCGCAGCGGUCACCGCCCGAGCUUCUCGAGUAAGAUCACCCGCGGGAGGUUUGCAAGAGGAUCUGAUCCGGGAGAUGCGGGUCGAUCGGAUCGGACAGGCCCAGGAGGAGGAAGUCUGGAACGCAGGAAUGAAGAAAUAUCGGGCGGCUCGAUCACCGACCUCACACAAGCAGAAGCAAUAUCGUGUGGCAAGAUCGCUGCCGACUAUGAGGUGGAUGAGCAGGAUCUACGCUUUUGUUGCCCACCCACCCCGAGAUCGGGGGACGGUUGCUGAGACUGGUAGUACCCGAAACGUUGCAAUCGGACGUUUUACACCACUAUCACACCCCGCUAGAAGGUUGACAUCAGGGAGUAGGCCGUACCUCCCAGCGGAUCCGAGGUCACUUCCACUGGGGAUGAUUAUAUCGGAGCGUCCAGCGAUACGAUACGUGAUCGCGAAAGCUAGCUCGUCCCAGUCGGCCCAGACGGUCGCGGAGUCGUACGAAGAGUAUGUAUUCGGCGAUUUGGUGCCAGCGAGAUGA